AUGUUUGGUAGUGACAAAUUUUUAAGCUCACCCCCACCGCUUACCGAGCGGCUCAGAGAGCGGUGGCGUGGAAAAACACCGAAGUUUCGCCUCUGUAGAAGUAAUCUAUGGCAAAAACAAUUUCCAAUAAAAAUAGUUCCUGAUAGUUCCCAACAGAAAAUUGCUCAUUAUUCCAUUCAUAUUGUUCCUUAUUUAUACAUUCAUUCAAAUGUUAACAGCAAAUUGUCCUUCUUGAAUGUUGUCACAAUGUGGUUCCGUGGUAUUUCCAAUGCUCACAAUUUUUUUGGCAUUGUGAAUGUUAAAGUACGUUUACACUGUAGGAAAAAUAUCACAUUGUGUCAAUCGAUCCGACAUCAAAGCACGGUAGGUAGACAGUGCCCUACCAUCGGUGAAAUUAUCGAGCAAUGGAGCAAUCGAUUUAAAAAUGAAGGUAUUUCAGAACCUGUAGAAUCUAUCGAGCACAUCGUUGCCCACGUGAUAAACACUAGAAAGAUAUUAGAUCUUGUAAAUGCUCAAAAUAAUCAGCUCACAUUAGAUCAAUAUCAUAAGUUGGAAUCAUUAUGCGAAUGCCGGUUGUCUAGGAUGCCAGUACAGUACAUAAUAGGAGAAUGGGACUUUCGAGACAUUACUUUAAAAUUAGUUCCACCUGUUUUCAUUCCGCGACCAGAAACUGAAAUACUAGUUGAUUUUGUAUUAAAAAGACUAAGUUCCUUACAGAAGGAAAAGCAUGAGAUUUUAGAACUUGGAUGCGGUUCUGGAGCAAUAUCUCUUGCGAUAGCUCAUAGUAACAAAACUGUAAAUUGCAUAGCAAUCGAUGCAAACUUGCAGGCAUGCGAAUUAACUAAAGACAAUCGAGAUCGAUUAGGUUUAGAACAUCAAGUCACAGUUAUACAUGCAACUCUUAAAGAUAAUGGAGAAAUCGAAGUUCCAAAUGUAUCAAAUGGACAUGGAAGUCUUGAUUUAAAUUCGAAAACUUUUGAUUGCAUAGUUAGCAAUCCUCCAUAUGUACCUACUAAACAGAUACUUACAUUAGCUCCUGAAAUUAAAAUUUACGAAGACUUAAGAGCCCUUGAUGGAGGAGAUGAUGGCUUAAAAGUCAUUAAACCUUUAUUAAAAUAUGCUUCUACAGUCUUAAAACCUGGUGGACGUUUACUUUUAGAGGUUGAUUCGACUCAUCCUGAAUACAUACAAUUCUUUACCAAAAAAUAUUGUACCCUGAAACUCCAGUAUGAACAUACCUACAAAGAUUUUUGUAAUAACGAUAGAUUUGUUGAGAUAUUAAAAGUGUCAUAAAUCUGUUUCGCCGUUAAAUAAUAGGAUAUUAAAGCAAUAAACGGAAUAUUUAUAUAUGAA